AUGAAGGUUUUUAGUUGCCUACCUCCCGCACCAAAUUGGAAUUCAUCUAAGGCUUUGGGUUUUUCUAUGAGCACAAAUAUGCUCGCUUACGCUUCUUCGAAUAAUAUCAUACUUUUCAACGCUGAAACCUUAAGUUUUGAGGGUACUUUUAUUGGACACACCGACCGCGUGAACGCGUUAACUUUUUGCGAUACCCUCUGUGCUACUGGCGGUGCCGACACGACUGUAAGGUGUUGGGAUGUGAUAAGUAGAAAACAAUUGUUUGUAAUAUCGAAGCAUAAGAGCGAGAUUUACGCUUUGGAAUGGUUGGCAAACAAAAAAUUCGUUAUAUCAGGCGAUAAAUCAGGAGAUAUAUCCGUGUGGGAUCCAUCAAAAAAUAAAUCGAAUAAAAUUUACUUCAUCCAGUCGCCGAUCUGCGACAUUGUUGCAUCUCCUACUAUUGAAGACUCUUUAGCAAUUGGGUUUCAGAACGGUGCAAUAAUCAUUGUCAAGAUUGAUUCGGAUUUAAAUGGCAAGAUCGUUCGCCGUCUUAAAGGACACGACAUGGAAAUUCAAAGUUUAUCAUGGGAAACGCCAAAACAUCAUUCUUUUGUCAACAAAUAUACGUUACUUGCCUCCGGAUCUCGAGACAAAACUGUUCACAUUUGGAACGUGGAAGAGGAGUGUCUUGAAAAAGUAAUAAAUUUGCCUCAUCCAAUGCAUCACCUCACUGAGCAACAGAAAUCUAGAUUUUGGGUAGCAACCGCAUGGAUUCCAGAAACCAAUCGGGUACUUUCUAGUUCAUACAUGGGAGAUUUGCUCAUGUGGGAUUUAGAUAUUUCCGCCACAAAGUAUCAGAAAUUUGUAAGUAGUCACACACGUAGUGUCUUUACCAUAGUGGUUUACCCUUGUGGUACAAAAGCUGUUACCAUCUCCAUGGAUCAAAAGUUGACUUUAUGGGAUAUUAUACAAAGGAAGCCCAUUGUUUCGAUUGGGUGCAUUCCUAAGCAAGUCAAUGAUAUUAGUAUCUCAGUCGCGGAUCCUCAUAGGCUAGCCAUUGCAUGCGGAGAUAAUAAUAUUCGAAUUUGGGAUAUUUCCAAUAGACUCAAUCCUUUUAGCUGUGCAUUAUAUUGGAAGGGAAUAAAAAAUAAGAUUACGUAUAUUGAAUGUCAUCCAUCCAAAGAAGGUCUCUUGGCAUUUGGCUCUGACCUAGGAAAUAUUGGUUGGUAUGAAAUUUAUAGCGACAAAUCAAAGACCUUUAAUUCUUAUCAUAAAGGAAAGGUUUCUGCCAUUCGAUGGUGUAAACCCAGCUGGAUAAAAUCAGAACCAUAUAGCGAAGAAUCUGGUGACUAUUGUUUAAUCAUCAGUUGCGGGAGUGACGGUAAUAUACUUUUAAACGAUAUCACGAAUCCGAAAAAAUCUUCAUGUAUUAAUGAUAGAAUACAUGAAGCUAACCCUGAAUGGAUUAAAGUAUUGAGGGACAAAUCUGGAUAUUUGCCAAAGAAGAACGAGAUCUCUUUUCAUCCUGAUGGCAGAUUUUUGGUUGUUGGUAAUGUUGAUGGGAGUAUUGAGGCAUAUGACUUACCCUCUUUCAAGAUCAUUUAUCAUAAUAUUGACAACUCGAUCCACCAUGCACUGAACGUCUUAUCUCGCCGCGGAGAUCCUUCUGCGCUACGGUCCGCUGCUAGUCUAGCAUUAAUGCUUGAGGAUCCAUCUAAGGAUGAGAGGAUUUUACGAUACCUGGAGGCUCGUAAAGAAAGAGAUCUAACAAAAAAACAAACAUACGAAUCCGAGACUAAUGAUAAGUUAAAUGAAAAACAAAUAAUUACAUAA